AGAGGGUGUCUCCUCCUCUCCAGCUCCUCCUUCAGGCAAUGUUGCCCUUUGUACGCCAGCUUUUGGACACACCACCUAGCUAGUGUGUGUUUUGAUAACAAACCAGCGUGGAGGGCAGGAAGCCUCGCUUGAUUCAGUCAGCCCAACCCAAGCUCGUUAGGGAGGAGCCUGCAACACCAGGAGCGGAGGACCGACGAGGCAGGCGUCAAGAUGGCGGCGUCCGUGGAGCUGGACCUGCAGCCUCUUCAUCUGGACCAGCUGCCCACCGACCCCUUAUUGCUCAUCCUGAGCCUUUUGGAUUAUAAAGACCUUAUGAGCUGCUGUUGUGUAAGUCGUAGGUUAAAUCAGAUUUCGAAUCAUGAUCCGUUAUGGAGGAGGCAAUGUGAGAAAUACUGGCUUGUGUCUGAAAAUAAGAAAUCUCAGGGAAAUAAGAGCUGGAAAGCAAUAUUUAUGAAUAUGUAUUCUGAUUUUGGAAGGUAUAUUCAGUAUUAUGCUACACUUAAAAAAGCAUGGGAUGACUUGGAAAAAUAUUUAGCACAGCGCUGUCCUCGGAUGAUUGGUUCUUUGAAAGACAGUGUGCAGGAGGAAGACCUGGAUGCUGUAGAAGCACAAAUUGGUUGCAAACUUCCUGAUGACUAUCGAUGUUCGUUUCGGAUCCAUAAUGGACAGAAACUGGUAGUUCCAGGUUUAAUGGGAAGUAUGGCACUUUCCAAUCAUUAUCGCUCAGAGGACUUGUUGGACAUUGACACAGCAGCUGGUGGUUUUCAGCAGCGACUUGGACUGAAACAAUGCCUCCCAUUAACCUUUUGCAUUCACACUGGAUUGAGUCAGUACAUGGCUUUGGAAAGCGUGGAGGGUCGCAAUUGUUAUGAGAUCUUCUACCAGUGUCCAGAUCAAAUGGCCCGAAACCCCUCUGCAAUUGAUAUGUUUAUUACAGGUAGUUCUUAUUUGGAAUGGUUCACCUCCUAUGUAAACAAUGUAGUAACUGGAGGCUAUCCCAUCAUCAGGGACCAAAUUUUCAGAUAUGUCCAUGAUAAAGAUUGUGUAGCAAGAACAGGAGACAUUACUGUUUCAGUCUCCACAUCAUUUCUACCUGAACUCAGUUCAAUACAUCCGCCUCACUAUUUCUUCACCUACAGAAUCAGAAUUGAAAUGUCCAAAGAUGCACUUCCAGAGAAGGCAUGUCAAUUGGAUAGUCGAUAUUGGAGAAUAACUAAUGCUAAAGGUGAUGUAGAGGAGGUUCAGGGCCCAGGAGUUGUAGGAGAAUUUCCAAUAAUAAGCCCUGGUCGAGUUUAUGAAUAUACUAGCUGUACAACAUUUGCCACUACAUCAGGGUAUAUGGAAGGAUACUAUACAUUCCAUUGUCUCUACUACAAAGAUAAGUUUUUUAAUGUCACCAUUCCUAGAUUUCAUAUGGUUUGCCCAACAUUCAAGGUAUCUACAGCACGUAUGGAAACCAAUCAUAAUGAAUUCGCUAUGGAUGAGGAUGAAGACUCAACGUACACUGAUGACUAUGUAGACAGGCAUAGAAUGCUGGACAAUGAUCUUGAAUACUGAGGGGAUACCUUGUACAAAUAUUUCUGAAUACUAUAAAUAACAAGCCGUGGAGCAAUUAGCAUGAAUGGUGCCAAUUCCGUCUUGCUUCUGACCAGAUAUACUAAAGGAUAUUUUUAAAAAAUCAGAUGUUUUGGAGAAAAUUUGUGGGGUGGAGACAAAUGUGGAAAGUCAGUAGUGUGGUAAAGUUUGUUCUUUCAGACAGUUUGAAGUUGGGAGUUCUCAUACAUUUAAAAGAUAUUUAAGAUCAAAAUGGUGUUGAUUUUUGUGUGUGUACAAGUAUACUAGCAGCAUAAUGGUGAUGGCAAAAUGGGAAAAGUAGGCAUGGCAUUUUUGCAGUGAUUUCUUAUUGUUCAUCUCUGCCACAAAUGAACCAAAGUUUUGCAGUUAAAUUUAUGUAAUCAUUGGGUGCUCUUGUAUAUUUUAAUAUUAACACAUAUUAACACAUCAGCCAUGGAAUGUUGGAAAAGGAGAUGGAAUUUUUAUUAAAUAUUUGAUCCCUGAUCAUAUUAUAGGCCUUUGGACAAUGAGAAGCAGAUUACCUACAGCAUCUUCCCAUUUAUGAUGUAAUAUAAAUAUGUAAAUAGCUUGAUUUUCUCCCUUCAUAUGCCAUUUAACUAUUAUGAUAAACUUUGUUUAAGUAUAACCCUGUUUUCCUGAACAUUACAUGGAUUUUUAUAAUUAUGUUUGAUUAAAAAUAGAAAGCCUAAUACUAAGCAGGUAGUCACUACUUAAGUUUGAUGGAAUUAGCUGGAGGCGGAGGGUGAAGAGGGGUUACUGGUAUCAAUAAUCUACAUAUACCAGGAUUGUCUGGGUGAACACUCUUCAAUAAGCAGGCAGUUGUACUAUUAACAACUGAGUUUUAUUAAUAAAAUAACAAAAAAAAGGAAUAUAUUUUUACUCAAUGAACAUACACACCCAAGGCAUACACAAGCUAAGAGAAAAAGAGAAGAGUUGGAUGAGGUUCCAGGGGUCGGCAACAGUUGCCAAUUCUUGAAGGGACAUCUAGGCCCUAGGGAAAGGAGCAAAAUGACCAGUGUUUCUAAUUAGGUUUGUGUAUGGAUCCAGAACACACAAUGAAUGACCAAAGGACCAAUAUUUAUACCCCAAAAUGAGUCAAUCUCACAGGAAAGCCAGAAACAAAUAAUUGAUUGCUUUUCUGGGUUUCCAACAAUAAGAAGAGGCUUGAUGAGUCAUCAGGAUCCAAGAGAUGACUCAUCAGGAUCCUGGACUGUUCUCUUGAAUACCUAUUGAUUACUGGGAUUGAUGCAAAUGGGAUAAAUAAUUGUCUGCUUGGAGCGCUGAUUAGGGUAACACAAUGGAUUAACUAGUCCAUUGUCCAGUCAGGCAUACCUUAGGACCAGGGGAGAGGUUCAGCUGCCAAGUGCCUUCCUGCUUAGGCUUACAUGCAAGAUUGUAAGGGUCUGUUACCCCAGUCAAUAACAAGUCUCAAGAAUGGUUCAAGAGCUUUAUUAGAACUCUGUCAGCCCAACGGCCAGAUAGCCGAAACUGAGGUUUGGCUCUCUGGCCCCGGUAUAUACCUGUAAGUUAUAGUUUGGCUCAACCCAGAAUCCCCCCCACCCUCGCAUUCCCAUAAUAUCAGCAUGUGAAAGGACAGUGAGAAAGAGACAUUGUUUUUGGGACAGACAGGCUACUCCCUCAGGAACGCCGAUAACAAGUAGCAGUUAAACACUAUUAAGCUAGUUACUUCCAAGCAAGAAGAGGCCCCAUGGCCUUGGGCAAUGAUAAUAACUGGGCCAUCUGCACCAAGGCUGUGUAUAUGUGAGCUGCCAGGCCAAGCAUGGCUCAGGUCUGACAAAGAUGGAUCUCAAAAUUCUCUAAGAAGCAUCCAUUUUGUGAGGCACAGUGUCUUUCUCUUAUGACAGUCUUUAAUCCCCCUGCCUUUUUGCCCUUAGCAGGAGGAGGGGGUCCAUCUGCUUAUAUACUGGUCACAGCUGGAAUAUGUAUUUUAAUGGUAUAUAUUGCAAAGGAUGGGUGGGAUAUGGUAUUCUACAGCAAUAGUAUAGUUUUAAAAUAAAUAAAUUAUAUAGAAGCGAAGCAUUGGGUACACAGAUGGUUAAACAGUAAAAAAGAGAUUCCUUGAAGAUGAUAUUGAAAAGUCUAAUAGAUUUCUACACUUGAUAUAACAGUUAUGGCUGGGCUCUAGUAGUGGUAUAUUGCGGUUUGAUAAAACUGCUGACAAUAAUAGGGCUCAGAUUUUUACCAGGUUUCACAAGCUAGUUUUUCUAUCAGGUUUUCUCAAUACAUGAUACAUUAGAAAAACUCUUCUGUAUCUAAUCUAGUACACUCUUUCACAGCACCCACCAAUGUGCCAAAGAAAGCCUGCAACAUAAAGUUAACAUAGCAAGUAGCAGUUGAUAGAUAUUGUCUCUGUUCCGAGUCUACUGUCCAUCUUCAGUGUGAUCUCCAUUGUCUCCUCACUAUAACUUUAUAAACCAUGAUUACAUUUUU